CGAAAAUUGUGGAAAACACGGGCUUAUCCCUGGUUCGCGAGAAACUAGCUCGCGUGGGACGUCUUCCACGGGGUAUAAAGAGAGCACGCAGCUUGCUCUCGUCACUUCAGUCCUCUUCAAGAAACUAAGGAUGGCUCUCGAACGUCAAGUCCGCGCUAAGCUCGCUGGAAAACGCGACCCCGAGCAGGAGAAGGAAGCUCAGGAAUGGAUUGAAUCCAUCCUGGGCAAGAAGUUCCCACCUGGUGAACUCUAUGAGGAUGUUCUUAAGGAUGGACAGGUCCUCUGCCAUCUGAUGAACAAGAUUUCUCCAGGAUCUGUUCCUAAGAUCAAUACCUCUGGCGGACAGUUCAAGAUGAUGGAAAAUAUCAAUCUCUUCCAGAAAGCCUUGAAAGAAUACGGUGUGGCGGAUGUUGAUGUCUUCCAGACCGUAGACUUAUGGGAGAAGAAAGAUAUCGCACAAGUCACGAGCACUAUCUUCGCUCUUGGCCGUACGACGUACAAACAUCCUGAAUGGACAGGACCUUUCCUGGGACCCAAACCCUCUGAUGAGUGCAAACGUGACUUCAGCGAGGAACAGCUCCGCGCUGGACAGUCCGUCAUUGGUCUUCAGGCUGGAUCCAAUAAGGGUGCAACCCAAGCAGGACAAAGCAUUGGCGCUACGCGCAAGAUCCUUCUUGGAAAGUAAAUUAAAUAAAACGAACAUAAAGAAUGGAGAAUCGUACUCGUUGAGCACGAGGACCCAUGAGCACCCGUUAUUUAUA